AUCCAUCAUCCAUCCAUCAUCCAUCCAUCCAUCCAUCCAUCAUCCAACUCACCUCAGCCCACAAGGCCAGGUCACUUCGGAUUUCACAACUACAAACAGAAAACCAAAGACAAGGAAAAUAGGGGCCACCCCGAGGCCACAGAUGGAGAGAGCAGCAGGCCGACACCCAAACCCAGAGAUAGGGGCCAUCCCAAGGCCACAGAUGGAGAGAGCAGCAGGCCGACACCCGAACCCAGGACUCCUGCUGCCAGCCCAGAGCUCCUUCUGGCAUCGAAUUCCACCUCAGAAGGGUCCACUCACUACACAUUUUUCUGCCCUAACUUUUAUAGCCACCCAUCCCUCCAUCCCUUAAUUCUCCCAUCCAUUCAUUCAUUUUUUCACCCAUCAACUCUCUUAAAUGUCAUUCAUUCAAUAAUCCAUCCAUCUUUCCGCCAUUCAUCCAUCUAUCCUCCACCACCUAUCCACCCAUCCUCCAUCAUCCAUCCCCCACCCAUCCACCCAUUCAUCCACUCAUCCAUCAGCCACUCAUCUAUCCAUCCAUCCCCCACCCAUCCCCUAUUCAUCCUCCACCCAUUCAUCCAUCCCCCACCCAUCCUCCAUUCAUCCUCCACCCAUUCCUCAUCCAUCCCCCACCCAUCCACCCAUUCAUCCACUCAUCCAUCAGCCACUCAUCUAUCCAUCCAUCCCCCACCCAUCCCCUAUUCAUCCUCCACCCAUUCAUCCAUCCCCCACCCAUCCUCCAUUCAUCUUCCACCCAUUCCUCAUCCAUCCCCCAUCCAUCCCUUAUUCAUCCUCCACCCAUUCAUCCAUCCCCCACCCAUCCUCCAUUCAUCCUCCACCCAUUCCUCAUCCAUCCCUCACCCAUCCUCCAUUCAUCCUCCACCCAUUCCUCAUCCAUCCCCCACCCAUCCUCCACCCAUUCCUCAUCCAUCCCCCACCCAUCCUCCAUUCAUCCUCCACCCAUUCCUCAUCCAUCCCCCACCCAUCCUCCAUUCAUCCAUCCCCGACCCGUCCUCCAUCCAUCCCCUAUUCAUCCCCCACCCAUUCAUCUAUCCAUCCCCCACCCAUCCUCCAUUCAUCCUCCACCCAUUCCUCAUCCAUCCCCCACCCAUCCUCCAUUCAUCCACUCAUCCAUCCCCCACCCAUCCUCCAUCCAUCCCCCACCCAUCCCUAUUCAUCCCCCAUUUUCCACUCAUCUAUGCAUACAACCACCCAUCAGGACAUCACAGGACGGAGAAACUGGAGGCUGGUAUGGCGGAAGGACUGAGGAGGAGGAGCACCAUAGUGGGCCUCACAGCACGGGGAAGAUGUGGACCUGAGAUGGGAGACCAGGCAAUGUGCUCACUGAGAAGUGGGCAUAGGCAGGCAUGGGGAAGGAACAGCAUGUGGUGGGAGACAGGCGGUGAAGAGCAGACAACAGAGGCCAGGAGGCUGGAGGGUGGGCAGAGCCCUGCUGUCAGGCACUUAAAACCAAGACACUGAGGCUUGGUCUAAAGGUCAUUGGUGGGAAGGGGCUGGCAGUGAUGAGGGCCACUCCUGGGCCCAUCCUUGUCAGCCUGAGCAAGGUCUGGCUGGCCCAUGCUACCCUCACCUGACACCUGCUUCCUGCCUCUGGCCUCCACUUUGCAGGUGUGUAUCAGGUGCACAACAGGUAGAGGCGUAUGGAGGGGGCUGCAGGGAGGGGGUGCCAGGCAGGGCUAGAGCAACGAGGAGGGCAGAGCCACACUGAACCCGGGUCUUAAGAGUCCCCAAGGCUGGAGCUGGGUGGCCUAUGUGAACCCCAGAGGCACAGCCAGGACAUGGGGCUCAUCAGAGGGGCAGCCUGAGCUCAGUGGGAAAGGCCUUCUCUGCAGAGCUGUCCCCGGACCACAGGACAUGGCUGGGGAGGGGCGAGUUCCCCAGUGUUGGAGGUGAGCAAGCAGAGGGCAGGGCCAUCAUCCUCAGACAGAGCUCCCAGAUCCAGCUCCCUGCCCGCCUGCCAUGUUCCUGUCAGCUGCUUCCCCACUGGGCCCUGUACCACCUUCCUGACUCACAUGGCCAGUUCCACCACCGCCCAGGACCUGUUGCCCAAGGAGCUGGGUAUAAACCCUUGAUGUGAGGCCAGCUGCCUCUCACUGCUCCUGAGCACGGAGGAAUGGGCUCUCGCUGGGCUGUGCAGCUGCUGCUCAUGACAGCCUGGAGCAUGGGCUUUGGUGAGGCCUUGAGCUGCUACACCUGUGAGCAGCCCACAGACGUUGUGUUCUGCAAGAACAUUACCUACUGCAAGCCGAAGGACACAGCCUGCACGACCAAGCUGGUGACGGUGGAGGCAGAGUACCCCUUCCAGCAGAGACCCGUGGUGACCCGCUCCUGCUCGAGCUCCUGUAUCGCCACCGACCCUGACAGCAUCGGGGACUCCCACCUGGUCUUCUGCUGCUUCCGAGACCUCUGCAACACGGAACUCGGAGCCUAGGGCGGCAGGGUGGGAGGCGCUCCUCAGGCGCCUCCUGUCUGACGGGGCCUGGCUCCGCCUGUGUCACCUCCACCUGCUUCCUGCUGCUGGGGUACAGCUCACUCAAGGGGUCUGAGGGGAGAGAACCACACCAGGGGCCCCUCUGCCUUCCACACCCCAAACGUAUAAACAUAAAUUAGUGGAGAGUGGA